UCCUCGCGGGACACCGCCAAGCUCAGUUUGACUGCUGUGUUGUAGCAGCUGAAGAGUCUCGCGCAGACGUUCUGAUUCUGGCGCGAUAAAUACAGUAUUCGUCCAUCUAACUGUACAUACCGGCGCGAUAUGACGCAGCUGUGAGCGGGCUGGUUACGCUGAACUGCAGCCACAGACCAAAGACUGACCACACGUCCGGUCACAUCAUGGCCAAAGAUGCUGGACUCAAAGAAACCAGCGGAGAGAUAAAGCUGUUCAUCAACCAGAACCUGAGUCCAGGGAAACCUGCAGGUGUUGUGUCCUUCCUGACGGUUCAUCCCACAUCAGUCUCUGCGGUCAAACAGAUUCUGCCCAAAUCUCUGACGGCUGCGGGCGCUAACAUGCUGUCACACGUGGUGAUCAGCACUCCUCAGAGGAGCAGUGUCCCCGCCGGUCUCCUGCUGACCAGUCCACACACCCCGUCCUCUCAGCUCACCGAGGCCUCGCCCUGCUCCAGCGGGCGCAGCAGGAAGGGCGAUAAGAACGGCAAGGGCUUGCGUCAUUUCUCCAUGAAGGUGUGUGAGAAGGUGCAGAAGAAAGUGGUGACGUCCUACAACGAGGUGGCAGAAGAGCUGGUGUCCGAGUUGAGCUCCGGAGACAACAACAUCUCCCCGAACGAUGCGCAUGUGUACGACCAGAAGAACAUCCGGCGACGGGUCUACGAUGCUCUGAACGUCCUGAUGGCUAUGAACAUCAUCUCCAAAGACAAGAAGGAGAUCAAGUGGAUCGGGUUCCCCACCAACUCUGCGCAGGAGUGUCAGGAUCUGGAGGCCGAGAGGAAGAGACGACUGGAGAGAAUCAAACACAAGCAGUCGCAGCUGCAGGAGCUCAUACUGCAGCAAAUCGCCUUUAAGAGCCUGGUGCAGCGGAAUCGAGAGGCGGAGCAUCAGAACAAGAGAGCUCCGCCUCCAAACACAGUCAUCCACCUGCCCUUCAUCAUCAUCAACACCAGCAAGAGAACCGUCAUCGACUGCAGCAUCUCCAACGACAAGUUCCAGUAUCUCUUUAACUUCGACAACAUGUUUGAGAUCCACGAUGACGUGGAGGUGCUGAAGCGCAUGGGCUUGGCGUUCGGUCUGGAGUCGGGCCGCUGCAGUCCGGAGCAGCUGAAGAUCGCCAGGAGCCUCGUUCCCAAAGCCCUGCAGCCGUACGUCACAGAAAUGGCGCAGGGUGCCUUUAACCAGCUGAUCGGAGAGCUGUCCCAUGUGGCCACUGAGCGCGGCGCGUCCAGCUCCAACGGCUCCAGGGUGGAGACCCCCACGUCCUACAUGGAGGAAGAGGAGGACGACGAUGACGAGGAGGACGAGGAUGAUGAAGAGGACUAUUAGGACGUCUCUUGGUUCCCCCAGUUCUUGUUUGAGACUCCAUCUGGUGAUCCUGCUGUAAGGAUUCCCUCAAAUGCUUCCCAUAAUUCUCCAGCUCAGUCUGUUAUCUUGGGUGGCUUAUGAGCAGAUAAGCUGGAGUGAUCGUCUUUGUGCAGCUUCGGCUCUCACUCCAGGGCCACUUCUGAAGAAGCUCCGGCGCUGGACGUUCAGCACUGGUUUCUACCGUUUGGCCGUGAUUCGCUCUCAAAGGCAGCUAUUUUUGAUAUCGGAGCUUUUUUUGGGACGUUUGAUGUGACCGCUCUUCAGUCGCAGACGUUAGGAACAUGAGAUUUACGAUUCCAGACAGCCUUUUUUUGUACAAUGUAACAAAUCCUAAGGAAAUAUACUUUUCUUAUUCAUGUAUAGAAAUUAAACAAAGAAUGAUUUAUA